GAAACCUAAAAAAAUCAAGCUUAACCGGGAAACAAUUGCCAACCAUUUACGAAUUUUCUCAGUCCCACUAUCGAAGAAGUUGUGAUGACGACGACGAGGGCGAAGUCCAAAUUCCAGUCUCUCUCAGCAUGUCGCUUCACGCCGUUACCGGAACCCAAUACCUCACCGAGCACUUACUCCAAGACUUUACCAAAACCCAAUUCCUCGCCGGGAACCGACGGAACUUUCCCAACACCGUUUCCCUUAGCUGUCAUCACUCCAAUCAAAACCCUAAAAUCCGUCACAUUAUCCGAUUGGUGGCUAACAAAGAAAGGCAAAGAUUUGUGUAUUAAAGGAUUCGAAUCAAAUGGUGCAUCUGGAGUAAGACUGUUUUCAUCAGGAACAAUCUCAAAGCGACAUGAAAGUACAACUCUUGAAGCAAUUGAUGGGAUUACAAUUUCUAUCAAUGGUUUCAUCAAUCGAUCUCGUUGUCUAGAGAAUGGUAUUUCGAUUGAGGUUUGUAAUCGUUUUCGUUUAGGGUUUCCUUAUGAUUGGGAAGAUUACAAUGAAGAAGAAGAAGAGAAGAAGAAGAAGAAUGUUGAUAUUUCGUUUGAUGAUAUUCCUGUGAAUAGGUAUCAGGAUCUUUAUUCUCUUGAGGGUUGUUUGAAAGAUAAGAUUUUGGACGAUGUUGUUGGUAGUUUAAGAGAUUUGGUUUGUCAGAAAUCUGAUAAGGCAUGUGAGAAAUCAAGAGUUGGUGAUGUUGAUGAUGAUGAUGAUGAUGAUGAUGAUAAGAGUUUGGUUUCGAGGGUUGUGGGAGUGAAGACUAGAGGUAUGCUUAGAAGGAGAGAAGAGUAUGAAGCUUCUAUUGGGAAAAGAGUUGCGACCAUGUCUGGGAAAAGAGUUGUGACAGUGUCCAAGAAGAAGAAUAGGAGAAGAAGUUUCGGUUGGUAAGGUUUACAGGAUCUUACUCUUUUAGAGGGUUGUUUUGAAAAAUAAGGCUUUGGAUGAUGUUGUCAGAAAUGUGAGAUAUCAAGAAUGUGAUGAUGUGGGAGUGAAGACUACAUCCUUCUAUGUCUACUUUUGGCUUCUUUGGCACAAAUGGAUGUAAGAAAUGUAUAUAUGUAACCCAAAUUUCUUAACCUAAGAUUGUAAUUUAUGUUCUUCAUUGACUGCAUUCUUCUGUCUAUUUUGAACCUUUUUAAAACAGGUUUUGCAAUGUUAGUUUUGGACCUGACUAAAAAACAUAUGUAAAGAUUAAGUAAA